AUGACCGUCGAAGAAUUAAGUAUCGAGGACGUUGUUAUCGACCUUAACGAGGUUGACUUCUCUGAUAUUGAAGAUAAAUACCGUGUUGACGCCGACUCCGGUAUCGAAGAAUAUGUGGUCGUUGACGGGGCUCCAAUUGCUCCUGAAUCAAAGGUCCCGAUGUUGAAAAAGGUGUUGACAAAAUUGUUCACUAAUGUGAAGGCUCGUUUGACUUCUGGUGAAGAUGUCGAUGCUUUCCAUAUGCCAAUUGAAAAUGGUAAAACUACUGGCUACAUGUUUGUGCAAUUUGCUACAGAAAAAGAUGCGGAAUUAGCUAUCAAAUCAUUGAACGGUAAGAAAUUGGAUGCUAAGCACAGAUUAUUCUUGAAUAAGUUAUCUGAUGUUGAGAAAUAUGGGGCUGAAGGUGCUGUCAAUGAUGAAGCUCCAACUCCAAAGGUUCCUGAAUUCAAAGAAACUGAUUACUUGAAAUCAUGGUUGCAAGAUGAAAGCGUUAGAGAUCAAUUCAUGAUCAACUUUGGAGAAAGUCUUGUUGUCAACUGGCAAAAACAUAAAAAUAUCGAACCAGCCAUGGAACGCUUGGAUUUCAAUACCGGGUUCUCUACGUUUUCUCCAAAAGGUUCAUACAUGUUAACCCUCCACCCUCAAGGUAUCCAAUCUUGGGGUGGAUCACAAUUCGAAAACAUCAGAAAGUUCUACCACCCAGAAGUUAGAUUAUUAGAUUUCUCUCCAGACGAAAAAUAUAUGGUUUCCUUGAGUCCUGAACCAAUCAAAUUACCACCUGCGGACCAUCCAGCUAGAGCCUCUUUCCCAUUUGGUCCAGAAGAUGAAGGCCAUAAGUUGAUCAUUUGGGAAUUGUCUACAGGUAUUCCUGUUAGAUCCUUCGCCUUGCCGCCAAACUUGGAACAAAACAAAAAGAUUGAAUGGCCAUUAAUCAAGUGGUCUCACGACGGUCAAUAUUUUGCUAGAAAAGGUCCUGAUGCUUUGGCCGUUUAUGAAUCAAGCUCCAUGGCUUUGUUAGAAAAGAAACUUAUCAAGAUUGAAGGUUUGCAAGAAUUCGAAUUUGCCCCAGCGGGCGUAAAAUUGGCUGCUAAUAAGAAGGAUGAAGUGUCCUCCGUUAUUGCUUACUGGACUCCAGAAACUUCUAACCAAACUGCCAGAGUUACCUUGAUGGAACUCCCAUCCAAGAAAAUUCUUAGAACUCUGAACUUGUUCCAAGUUUCUGACUGUAGAUUCCACUGGCAAGAUGAGGGUAAAUACUUGUGUGUUAAGGUUGAUAGACACACCAAGUCCAAGAAGACCAUCUUCUCCAAUUUGGAGUUCUUCAACCUCGAAGAAAAAGAAAUUCCAGUUGAAAAGAUCGAGCUUAAGGAAGCUGUGAUCAAUUUUGCCUGGGAACCAAAGACUGAUCGUUUUGUCACCAUUUCCCGUUUGGAUCAAGGCCCAAUCAAUUUGGCCAUUCCUAAGAAUAUCAUUAACUUCUAUGCUCCGGAGACUGAUAACAAAAAGGGUAAGAAGAAUGCUACUUCUGCUAUUAACUUGAAGAAAUACAAGAACUUUAAGAGUAUUGAAAACAAGCACUCAACCAACUUGAACUGGUCUCCAAAGGGUAGAUUCCUUGCAGCUGCUGCUAUUGCCUCUUCUAAUUCUAAGAUUGAAUUCUUUGACAUGGAUUAUGAUGGUAACACUGUGUUGGCCAGUGAUGAAAAAUUGAAGAAUGAAAACGUUAAGGCAUCCCUCAAACAAAUUGGUGAUGCUGACCACUUUGGUUUGACCAAUUUGGAAUGGGACCCAUCGGGUCGUUACUUGGCUGCCUGGUCCUCUUCAUGGCGUCACAAGAUUGAAAAUGGUUUCAAGAUUUAUGAUUUUGCCGGUCAUCCUUUGGUUGUAGAAGGUAUUGACAACUUCAAGCAAUUUGCCUGGAGACCAAGACCAGCAACCUUAUUGACCGGUGGUGACCGUAAAAAGGUCCGCAAAAUGUUGCGUGAGUACUCCGCUCAAUUCGAUGAACAGGAUGCCAUGGAGGCUAGUGAGGCUACUAAGGAAUUGAUCUUGAACAGACGUAGAUUGUUAGAAGAAUGGAGUAAUUACAGAGCUUCUGUUGAACGCAAAUUGCAACAGUUGAAUAUCAAGAUAGAUGUCUCGGAAGAAGUUGAAGAUAUUAUCAUUGAAGAAAUUAAAGAAGAAAUUAUUGAAGAAAAGACCGAGAUUAUUGAAUAA